UGUUAUUUAAAGAUGAAUCGAAUGAAUCGAAAUGUGAUGAAUUGGAUAAAUCAGAAUUUGAUAAUGAAUCUGAUAAAUCAAAUUUUGCAUUUUGCAUGUUUAAUGUUAAUAGAAAGUCAAAUAAUAAUGACAAAUCGGAUCAGGAAUAUGACGAUAGUUUAUCAUACAGAAACCUUUCUUGCAUCUCUACCUCAAAAAUAUUAAAAUUUACAAAAAAGCAAUCUAAGUUGAUUAAGUCUCAAAACAAAUUAAGCUGGUCAAUUGCUGUGACAGAUAAAUUGAACAGACUCAAAUUCAAACCAUAUGAAUCAACUGUUAGAUUAUUGGUGAUAUCAUGUAUAUGCAUGCAAGAUAUGAUACAUAUAAGUAAAGAUAAUAAGGACACUAGAUUUACUAUGGUUUUCUCUAUUAAUAACAUUGGCAAUGAUUUUUUAAUUAAAAAAAUAAAGAAAAAUUUUAACAAAUAUGGUGGUAGAAUAGUCAAAUUAUUCUUAGCAAACAAAGAUAUGAAUAAGGAUGCCCAAACCACCAAAAAAACUAAUGAAGCUGACCAGAAUAUUGAUAAUGAUAAUCAGAAUAUAGAUAAAUACUUUCUUAUUAUUUUAAAUGCCUCUGGGAUUUAUAAAUAUCACUUUGUAUACUUGAAUUACAAACCUACUGACAAAAUUCAAAAAUUAUUAAAUUAUCUAAAGCAAAAAUAUAAUUUCAUAGGCCGCAAUAAUUUCAGCAACCUUGAUUUUUAUUUGAACACUGAUGAAAUUCAAAAAUUACAUUAUCCAAAGUGA